CAACGGCAUCCUGCAGCCUCGGUGAGGAGACGGCGGCUGGGCUGGGCUUGCGGUCCCCAAGGUUUUCCGACGCGGAUUUGCCCACCCCACGUCCUCCUUAGUCCGUCCUGGCCUUGUCCUGCUUUGCCGGGGCGCCCACGCGUGGUCCGACAGAAAACAUCGCGGCAUGAGAUGAAGCUGUGACAGAUGGGGAAGCUGAGACUCAGAGGGGUAACUUUUUCAAGAUCACUUAGAAGAGCCAGGAUUUGAAUAUAGUUCUUCUGAUUAUUUGAAAACACAAUGGCAGGAAACAGUCUUGUUCUACCCAUCGUUCUUUGGGGUCGCAAAGCCCCGACACAUUGCAUCUCAACAGUACUUUUAACAGAUGAUGGGGCCACGAUCGUAACUGGAUGCCACGAUGGACAAAUAUGUCUCUGGGAUCUUUCAGUAGAAUUGGAAGUUAAUCCUCGAGCACUGCUGUUUGGUCAUACAGCUUCAAUCACUUGUUUGUCUAAAGCUUGUGCUUCUAUUGACAAACAGUAUAUUGUGAGUGCAUCUGAAAGUGGAGAGAUGUGCCUCUGGGAUGUGAAUGAUGGCAGAUGUAUUGAAUUUACAAAAUUAGCCUGCACUCAUACUGGCAUACAGUUCUACCAGUUCUCUGUUGGAAGUCAGAGAGAAGGAAGGCUUUUAUGCCAUGGCCAUUAUCCUGAAAUCCUUGUUGUGGAUGCCACCAGCCUUGAGGUGUUAUACUCCUUAGUGUCAAAGAUAUCUCCAGACUGGAUUAGCUCCAUGAGUAUUAUUCGAUCCCAUCGAACACAAGAAGACACUGUGGUGGCACUCUCAGCAAUGGGCAUCUUGAAGGUGUGGAUUGUUACCUCUGAAAUAAGUGGCAUGCAGGAUACUGAGCCGAUAUUUGAAGAGGAAUCCAAACCAAUUUAUUGUCAGAAUUGCCAAAGCAUCUCUUUUUGUGCAUUCACACAAAGGUCACUUUUGGUUGUGUGCUCCAAAUAUUGGAGGGUAUUUGAUGCUGGAGACUAUUCCCUGUUGUGUUCAGGUCCUAGUGAAAAUGGACAGACAUGGACUGGAGGCGACUUUGUAUCAGCAGAUAAAGUAAUCAUUUGGACUGAAAAUGGGCAAAGUUAUAUUUACAAACUACCUGCCAGUAGCCUUCCAGCUAGUGAUUCAUUCCGCAGUGAUGUGGGGAAAGCAGUUGAAAAUUUAAUUCCUCCUGUACAACAUAGCCUCUUGGAUCGAGCAGAUAAAGAGCAGUUGCUAAUUUGUCCUCCUGUUACUCGGUUCUUCUAUGGAUGCAGGGAAUACUUCCAUAAACUAUUAAUUCAGGGUGAUUCUUCUGGAAGAUUGAAUAUUUGGAACAUAUCAGACACACCUGAUAAACCGGAGGGUAAAGAAGGGCUGGAAAUGACAACUUCUAUUAGUUUGCAAGAAGCAUUUGAUAAACUGAAUCCUUGUCCUGCUGGAAUUAUAGAUCAGCUGAGUGUGAUUCCCAAUAGUAAAGAACCUCUUAAAGUAACUGCAAGUGUCUACAUACCAGCACACGGACGACUCGUUUGUGGCCGUGAAGAUGGAAGCAUCAUCAUUGUACCUGCCACACAGACAGCCAUAGUACAGCUGCUGCAGGGGGAACACAUGCUCCGAAGAGGUUGGCCACCUCACAGAACACUCCGUGGUCAUCGGAACAAAGUCACAUGUUUGCUGUAUCCUCAUCAGGUCUCAGCUCGUUAUGAUCAAAGAUAUCUGAUAUCUGGAGGUGUGGAUUUUUCGGUCAUAAUUUGGGACAUAUUUUCUGGAGAAAUGAAACAUAUCUUCUGUGUGCAUGGUGGCGAGAUUACUCAACUUCUAGUUCCACCUGAAAAUUGUAGUGCAAGAGUGCAGCACUGCAUCUGCUCUGUAGCCAGUGACCACUCAGUAGGACUCCUAAGUUUGCGAGAGAAAAAAUGCAUUAUGCUAGCAUCUCGUCAUCUUUUCCCUAUUCAAGUAAUCAAGUGGAGGCCUUCUGAUGAUUACCUAGUGGUGGGAUGUUCAGAUGGCUCUGUGUACGUCUGGCAAAUGGAUACUGGUGCGUUGGAUCGUUGUGUGAUGGGGAUAACAGCAGUGGAGAUACUGAACGCUUGUGAUGAAGCCGUUCCUGCUGCAGUUGAUUCACUUAGUCAUCCAGCAGUCAACCUAAAACAAGCCAUGACAAGACGUAGUCUUGCUGCCCUUAAAAAUAUGGCCCAUCAUAAGCUACAAACCCUUGCAACUAACCUCUUGGCUUCUGAGGCAUCUGACAAAGGAAAUUUACCUAAAUAUUCUCAUAACUCCCUGAUGGUUCAAGCAAUAAAGACAAACCUAACAGACCCGGACAUACAUGUGCUUUUCUUUGAUGUGGAAGCGUUGAUUAUUCAACUCCUGACUGAAGAAGCCUCUAGGCCGAAUACUGCGCUUAUUUCCCCAGAGAAUUUGCAAAAGGCAUCUGGCAGUUCAGACAAAGGAGGCUCUUUUCUAACUGGAAAGCGAGCAGCAGUUCUCUUCCAACAAGUGAAAGAAACUAUCAAAGAGAACAUAAAGGAACAUCUCCUUGAUGAUGAAGAGGAGGAUGAGGAGAUAAUGAGGCAGCGAAGGGAAGAAAGUGAUCCUGAAUAUCGAGCCAGCAAAUCUAAGCCAUUGACCCUAUUAGAAUAUAAUUUAACUAUGGACACUGCAAAAUUAUUCAUGUCCUGCCUUCAUGCCUGGGGUUUGAAUGAAGUUCUGGAUGAAGUUUGUCUUGAUCGGCUUGGAAUGCUGAAACCCCAUUGCACAGUAUCAUUUGGUCUCUUAUCGAGAGGAGGUCAUAUGUCACUGAUGCUUCCUGGUUAUAAUCAGGCUGCUUGUAAACUAUCACAUGGGAAAGCAGAAGUAGGAAGGAAGCUGCCAGCAACUGAGGGAGCAGGAAGGGGAACUUACGGAGUGUCCCGAGCCGUUACCACACAACAUCUCUUGUCCGUCAUAUCUUUGGCAAAUACCUUAAUGAGUAUGACCAAUGCAACUUUUAUUGGUGAUCAUAUGAAGAAGGGCCCUACCAGGCCACCUAGACCAAGCACCCCAGACCUUUCUAAGGCAAGGGGUUCCCCUCCAACUUCCAGUAAUAUUGUGCAAGGACAGAUUAAACAAGGAUGGAGUCAGCUGGCUGCUAUGCAUUGUGUUAUGCUGCCAGACCUGUUGGGAUUGGACAAAUUUAGGCCUCCACUUCUCGAGAUGCUGGCUCGGAGAUGGCAAGAUCGAUGCUUGGAGGUCAGAGAAGCCGCGCAGGCCCUGCUUCUGGCAGAACUGAGAAGAAUUGAGCAGGCGGGCCGGAAGGAAGCCAUUGAUGCCUGGGCUCCUUAUUUACCUCAGUAUAUGGACCACGUCAUAUCACCUGGGGUCGCAGCAGAAGCCACGCAGACUAUCAGCACUGCUCCCGAUGCUUUGGGGCCAGAAGCCAAAGUCCAGGAGGACGAGCAUGACCUUGUAGAUGAUGACAUCACGACUGGUUGCUUAUCAAGUGUCCCACAAAUGAAAAAAAUUUCCACGUCUUAUGAGGAAAGACGGAAGCAAGCUACUGCUAUUGUUUUACUAGGAGUUAUAGGAGCUGAAUUUGGUGCUGAAAUUGAACCUCCUAAACUGUUGACCAGACCGCGAAGCUCUAGUCAAAUUCCUGAGGGUUUUGGUUUGACUAGUGGUGGAUCCAACUACUCACUGGCCAGACAUACUUGUAAGGCCCUGACAUUCCUUCUGCUGCAGCCGCCGAGCCCCAAGCUUCCUCCACACAGUACCAUCCGAAGGACAGCCAUUGAUCUCAUUGGACGUGGUUUCACGGUUUGGGAACCUUACAUGGAUGUGUCUGCUGUCCUUAUGGGGCUUCUCGAACUUUGUGCUGAUGCCGAGAAACAACUUGCCAACAUCACAAUGGGGCUGCCUCUGAGCCCAGCAGCUGACUCCGCCCGCUCGGCAAGGCAUGCCCUCUCCCUCAUUGCCACUGCCAGACCACCCGCCUUCAUCACGACUAUAGCCAAAGAGGUACACAGACAUACUGCUCUUGCAGCAAAUACUCAGUCGCAGCAGAAUAUGCACAUGACAACUCUUGCACGAGCUAAAGGGGAAAUUCUGAGAGUCAUUGAAAUUCUUAUUGAAAAGAUGCCCACAGAUGUUGUGGAUCUUCUUGUGGAGGUUAUGGACAUCAUUAUGUACUGCCUUGAAGGAUCUUUGGUUAAAAAGAAGGGUCUUCAAGAAUGUUUCCCAGCCAUCUGCAGGUUCUACAUGGUCAGCUAUUAUGAGAGGAAUCAUAGAAUAGCAGUUGGAGCUCGCCAUGGUUCAGUGGCCCUGUACGACAUCCGGACUGGAAAAUGUCAGACAAUCCAUGGACACAAGGGACCAAUCACUGCAGUGGCCUUUGCUCCUGAUGGACGAUAUCUUGCCACCUACUCAAACACUGACAGCCACAUUUCUUUCUGGCAGAUGAAUACCUCACUGUUGGGAAGCAUUGGCAUGCUGAACUCGGCACCUCAGCUGCGCUGUAUUAAAACCUACCAGGUGCCCCCCGUGCAGCCGGCUUCCCCCGGCUCCCACAAUGCCCUCAGACUGGCCCGGCUCAUCUGGACUUCCAACCGCAACGUCAUCCUGAUGGCCCACGACGGGAAGGAGCACCGCUUCAUGGUCUAGUGCUAGUGUCUGCUGCCCUGACUGCUUCUUAGUUCUUUCAGCCCUCUAGGCUGAGACUCCUCUGUCCUUGCUCACACUGGGUCGUUCCACAGUGCCUGCCCACACCAGUGUCGUUCAGGGGCGCAGCCGGGUCUGUGUCACUUCUGCAUGGUUCUCGGGGGGCAGACCCCUGCUCAUGCCACCUAUUGAUUCAGAGGCAUGCACACAUCGCUCUGCAGGAUGUGGCUGUUCUGUCACUAGGUCGUUUUUCCCUGCUGGAGAGGGAGGGGAAGCCAGCGGUCCUGGGAAUGCUCCUGUUGCUUGGUUCACCAGGACCCUGAAAAUCAAUAAACACUGUGAUUGCACUCCCAGCCCAGAUCAGCAUUUUCUUUGAGCUAAACCCCACCUCUGAAGUGCUGCUUGAACCUGGUUGUUUUGACAUUGGGCUUUGAGGUAUUGUGGCAGUCCUAAUUAUCAAAAUUAUUUUCCUUUGAUUUCCUAAAACAUACUAUUGUUUACCAAAAAGAUUUUCUGUUUACUUGGGUUUUGUCUUCUGGUAAUUGCUGGGAAACUACUCAAUCCAAUUUCCUAGGGUUUAGCCACUACCUUCUUUAUUAACACCUAACCAAUUUGAAAUUAGUAUUUGAGAAAUAUAAAAAAAAGAAUUUUCUUCAUGGAGAAUACAGUUUCCCAGACACCUAACCUUCUAAAAUGCUCAUAUCCUGCUUAAAUGAUAGUGUAUUUAGUAGUUUAAAAUAAAAAUCAUUACUACUUAUGAACUAGUUAAUAUAAUUAUCCAGCCACUAUAACUAAUCUCUUAAAUGGCCUUUUGUAAUGAAAAACCAAGUUUGAAAUUAUAGCAUCUACCUAAAAAGAAAACUCUUGUGUCUAUUGCUACAGAUCUUUUUAAGAAAGUGUUUACCCCUUCCUUCCAGAAACUUUAUAGACCUGUAGUCCCCCUGUGUACGACCCCUAUCAGUAUCAUGUAAUAGUUACAAUUCCCCCCUCAAACUACUACUGAUCAACUAAAGAAAAACUAAAACUAAGGCAGCAUUUCUAUUAAACAAGUAUCCUAGAAAAUUAGUAACUAUGGCACAAGCAUCCAGGAGUAUAUAUAAAAAUGUGAGGGCUCUCAGUCAAUCUGAGCAAACAUUGCAAUGUGGGUAUUCACUACGCUUUGAAGUAAGCUUUAACUAGGUUGCUUUCCUCUCCUUUCAUCAAAUGAUGCUGGUUCUUGGUCAUAGUAAUGGAAAAAAUUCAUAAAACAAUAUUUUGUAAAAAUGGCUUCUAACAAACCUUGAUCUGUAUAUAGUUGGGGAUUUGAUUGGUUGGUUGGUUGGUGGAUUGUUGAUUGGUUGGUUACUUGGGCAAAAAUGGUUUAUUAAAUGCAAAAAUAGAAAAUGAUUUAUUAAAUUCGGAGAAAUUAUGUGAAGUUUACAGAGGAACAAAAAUGAUAACGGGAGCGUUUAAUCUAAAAAGCAUGGAUUGUCAGAGUUUACGUAAUAUACAAAAAAGUAGGCUCACAGUCCAGGAACAAAUACAUCUGUUAUUUUAUUGAAACAGAUCUAUAAAGAACAUGUUAAGAAAUUAAGAGCACUAGAACGUCUCUCUGGUAUUGGUGUGAAGUAUGUUAUUCCAUUGAUGGCAAACCUGUACUAUUCCUUGGUUGUAGACUUUGGGUGUUCUUUCAAAAGUGAAUUUAUGCCACAUGCAUGUACAUUGUAUUUAUAAAGAUUAUAUAUAUAGUUUCCAAGGAAGAAACAAAGAACUAUACAGUGUUGACUUUGUUUGGUGAACGUGCUGUUGUGUUUGAUGUAGAUAGAGAAACCUGAGGUAAACAAAAGGUGUGCUUGGUUUUUCCAGUGGGCUCCCAAGUCUUCUGGAUACCCAGCACAUGUUUACUUUGUGAACUUAAAUGGGAACUAAUUUAUUCUAGACUACAGGCUCUUUUGGAAUGAUGAAGUAAAAGUAGACCUUAGAGAUUUUUUUAAACAAAAUAUUCACUGCGUCAGGAGGAAGGUAUGAGACCAGUAGGCAGGCCACCACGAGUGCACAGACGGCGCACACCAUGGAGACUUAGAACAAAGCUGUGAGGGCUGGAGGAGCAAAACCCCUGGGCAAUGGGCAUGGGCCAGCCUGUCACACAUUCUGUCUGCAUAGACAGCCAAAAUUAUUGGCCAGUAGAAUAUUAACGAUUGUAAAACUCUGGAGUGGAUGAUAUUUGAUGGUUAGACGGACAUCUCUAACUGCUAGACUAAUAUUUGCAUUCUUGUUAACACACAUCUCUCCUUGGCUAUUUUGACAACCACAGUCCCAAACUUCAUCACAGCUUAGAUUUCUCUGCACUGAGGUAAACUUUGUAUUCUCAUCCCAAUGUACGCUUUUAGUAUUUUAUUGACUUCGUUGGUAGUGUAUUUGGACCUGUCCUUCUAAAUGUAGAGACAUAUGUGGCUUUAUUGGUAAUUUAUAAGCAAAAGAUGACAUAACGUGACACCUGUAUGAAAAUGUAAUGAUUGAACUCCGUACACAGCAAGUGAAUUAAAAUGUCUGCCUCUCAAAACAUUUCUUGAUGACUUCACUUAAUAGAUUCUGUAUAUGCUGAAUGUCCUUGUGUACAUAUGUGUGUUAAAUAAAACUGAAUUGUACUGAAGAUUGUUUUUCUCAUUAAAAACAUUGUUCACUCUU